UUCCCACACUGGAGCAGAGUUGAAUCCGGAGUCAAACCACUGGCCGCAGUCUGAGGAGAACACAUCAACCAGAGACUGCAAACAUGGUCGACUGUUUUGUUGGGACGUGGAAGAUGAUUUCCAGCGAGAACUUUGAUGACUACAUGAAAGCAAUCGGUGUGGGGUUUGCAACCAGGCAGGUGGGCAACAGGACCAAACCCAAUCUGAUAGUGAGCGUGGACGAUCAGGGGGUCAUUUGCAUGAAGUCUCAAAGCACCUUCAAGACCACCGAGAUCAAGUUCAAGCUCAACGAGCCCUUUGACGAGACCACCGCCGACGACAGGAAGACCAGGACCGUGGUGACUCUGGAAAACGGCAAACUAGUGCAGAAACAGAGCUGGGAUGGAAAAGACACGAAUAUCGAGAGGGAGAUCACAGAUGGGAAAUUGAUAGCGAAAUGCAUAAUGGGCGACGUGAUCGCGGUGAGGACGUACGUGAAGGAAGCGUGACGGAGGUCCCCCGGCCCUCAGCCCGCUCCGUCAGAUGCUACAGCUGGAUGACAGGCUCAGUUCAAUGAGCGUACCACCAAGCUAACAUCGACGGCGUGUGUUCUGCCCCUCUUACUAUCUCUCUCUUCACUGUGUUGCCAAGAAAAAAGAAGAAGGAAAAAAAAAAGAUCACAUUUCUGUGCCUCUGUUCUCCAACAUGACACAUUUGGGUUCAUUUGGAAUUGUUGUGGUGAUUUGAAUAAAAAACCUAUGGGAAA